AUGGAUUUCGCCUCUCUCAAGGAGCAGGUCAGCAACCUGACCCUGUACGACAUCAAGGCCGGAGUCCGGAAAGUCCAGAAUGCUGUCAUGAACUACACGGAGAUGGAGUCGAAGGUCCGAGAGGCUACUAAUAAUGAGCCAUGGGGUGCUUCGUCUACGUUGAUGCAGGAGAUCGCGAAUGGAACACAUAGCUACCAGCUGUUGAACGAGAUUAUGCCUAUGAUUUACAAGCGAUUUACGGAGAAGAGCGCGGAGGAGUGGAGACAGAUAUACAAAGCACUCCAACUUCUCGAAUUCCUCGUCAAGAACGGUUCAGAACGAGUUGUCGAUGAUGCGCGAUCGCAUCUAUCUCUCCUGCGCAUGCUGCGCCAAUUCCACUACAUCGACCAGAACGGAAAAGACCAGGGAAUCAACGUCCGUAACAGGGCGCAGGAGCUGGCGAAGCUUUUGAGCGACGUCGACCUGAUUCGCACAGAGAGAAAGAAAGCGCGGGCAAACCGGAACAAAUUCGGUGGGAUUGAAGGUGGUCUUGGUGUCCGGGGCGGUCUUUCUGGAUCGACUAGUAGAUAUGGAGGCUUUGGUAGCGAAUCCCUUGGCUAUGGAGGUUACAGUGGAGGCGUCUACGGCGAUGGCGGUGGCUAUGGAGGCAACACGAGCGAAUUCGAGGAUACGGGACGGAGAGGGAAUCGCUUUGAGGAAUAUGAUGAAUACGAUGAAGCGGAUGCGGCCCCCAGCCAGCGCCGUGUAGCAAGCCAACCGCGUGCGACGAAGCAGCCUGAGAAGCCCAAGGAGGAGGUGCCGGAUCUAUUCGAUUUUGGAGACGAGCCUGUCACGACGUCGUCUUCGACUGCUGCCGGCAAGCAACCUGCUAGCAACGCUGGCAACGGCUUGCUCGACGACACCGCGGAUGAUGACGAAUUCGACGAUUUCCAGUCCGCAACUCCAGCACCUGCUGCUCCGGCCGCUCCUCAGCCUACUUCGUCUAAUCAGUUCUCUAUUGCUCCUCCAUCCUCCACUGCGUCGACUACUCAGUUCGCUGCGCCCAAGCCUGUGUCGGGCACACAGAAUGCUAACUUGACCAACCUCGUUGGCAUUUCUUCCAUUACUCCCACACCAACCGGCGGCAGUUUGACUUCUCCUAUGUCGCCUCAAGGUUCCCUGGCGUCUCUGCAAUCAAGACAACAACCAAGGCCGACAGGCUUCCAGGCACCAGCGCCCAACUAUUUCACCUCUGUUUCCGCUGCCACCACAGGCCAGCCUACGAGCGCCAGAGCCAGUGUAUCCUCUAUCGCCUCCCCUGCAUCAUCCCACAAGCCGUCAGCCUCGACUUCCAAGGCUGGAGGUGAUGCUUUCGGCUCGCUCUGGUCUGCUGCCAGCGCCAGUGCAGGUAUCCAGAAGAAUUCUCCCUCGCAGAACAAGGGCCCCAACCUGGCCAGCCUCUCCAAGGAGAAGGCCAGCGCCGGCAUCUGGGGAACCCCCGCUCCGUCCGCAUCUACUCCUACCUCGACGUCGUCGACGCCAGCUUUUGGUCAGUCCAAGCAACCGCAGCAAGGACACAAACCCAGUGGUUCUGCUCUGGAUGACCUACUAGGAUAG